CCCUGGGCCUGGUAUGGCUGGUGUCCUGCUGAACAUGGGGACAGGGACACACAGGCCCUGCUGCUGCAGCACGGCUGGUUCUGGGGUCCCCUGGCUCAGAUUUGGGGGAUCCCCAUGGAAAGGGGGCUCUGGAGGUCCACAUGACCCCAUAGGAAUCAGGACUGGGGACUCUGGGGGUCCCUGUGGCCCCAUAGGGACAGGAACUCUGGGCUCCCUAUAGGGAUCAGUCUCCGGGGUCCCCAUGGCCCCAUAGGAAAGGGCUCUUGGGGUCCCCAUCAGGGUCAGGCUCUGGGGGAUCUCCAUGUCCCCAUAGGGACAGGUCUGUGGGUGGGGGUCUCCAGAAGGACACACUCUGGGGGUCCCCAAACCCCCCUAUGACCCAGGCCUUGCUCUCCUCACCCCAGACCCUGUCCCCCCCGUCCCCAUGGCCAUGGUGACAGGAUGAGGGCAGCCCCCCAAAUCAUGCUGCACCUCACACCCAAAGUCACCACAUCCCUCAAGUGACACUGCCUCUAGAAACACCUUGGGGACAGAGGGGUGACAAUCUGGGGGUGACACCAGGUCCUGGCUGGGCAUUUUGCAGUGUGGGGUGAACAGGAGAACAUCUGUGGGGUUCCAGUCCCCGGUGUCCCUGUCACUGCAGCCCCCAGCGUGCUGUGAUGGCCCCGGCCGCCUGAGCCCCUGUGGCAGGGACAAGCCAUGGAGACCGUUGUCAUCGUGGCCAUCGGGGUGCUGGCCACCAUCUUCCUGGCGUCCUUCGUGGCGCUGGUGGUGGUGUGCAGGCAGCGCUACUGUCACCCCAAGGACCUGCGCCACCACUAUGACACCAAACCCAUCGUGGACCUGAUGGGGACCACGGAGACGCCGUCAGAGCCCUCGGAGCUGGAGCUGGACGAUGUGGUCAUCACCAACCCCCACAUAGAGGCCAUCCUGGAGAACGAGGACUGGGUGGAGGACGCCUCGGGUCUGGUUUCCCACUGCAUCGCCAUCCUGAAGAUCUGUCACACGCUGACGGAGAAGUUGGUGGCCAUGACCAUGGGCUCAGGUGCACGUGUGAAGUCCCCAGCCAGCCUGGGUGACAUCAUCGUGGUGGCCAAGCGCAUCAGCCCCAGGGUGGACGAUGUGGUGAGAUCCAUGUACCCCCCGCUGGACCCCAAACUGCUGGACGCAAGGGCCGCGGCGCUGCUGCUGUCCGUCAGUCACCUGGUGCUGGUGACCCGCAGCGCCUGUCGCCAGCCGGCCGCUCGCCACUGGGUCGAGCGCUCGCUGGCAGCCGCCGAGGAGCACAUGGCCGUGCUGCGCCAGGCCGCCAUGGCCACCGAGCCCGAGCGGCCACCGGCCCCCGGAGAGCCGCCCCGCCAGGAGCAGUCGGCCAUCUGACCCCAGUGAAGGCCAUCGGACCCCAGUGAAGGCCAUCGGACCCCAGUGAAGGACAUCAGAUCCCAAUAGAGGCCAUUGGUCCCCAGUAAAGGCCAUCUGACCCAAAUAAAUGCCAUCUGUCCCCAAUAAAGGCCAUCUGACCCCAGUGAAGGCAAUCAGAUCCCAAUAAAAGCCAUCUGUCCCCAAUGAAGGCCACCUGACCCCAGUAAAGGCCAUCGGAUCCCAAUAAAGGCCAUCUGUCCCCAAUAAAAGCCGUCGGACCCCAGUAAAGGCCAUCUGUCCCAAUAAAGGCCAUUGGACCCCAAUAAAGGCCAUCUGUCCCCAGUAAAGGCCAUCAGAUCCCAGUAAAGGCCAUGGGAUCCCAAUAAAGGCCAUCAGAUCCCAAUAAAGGCCAUCUGUACCCAAUAAAGGCCAUCAGAUCCCAGUAAAGGCCAUCUGUCCCCAAUAAAGGCCAUUGGACCCCAGUAAAGGCCAUCUGUCCCCAAUAAAGGCCAUCAGAUCCCAGUAAAGGCCAUUGGAUCCCAAUAAAGGCCAUCUGUCCCCAGUAAAGGCCAUCUGUCCCCAAUAAAGGCCAUCAGAUCCCAGUAAAGGCCAUUGGACCCAGUAAAGGCCAUCUGUCCCCAAUAAAAGCCAUUGGACCCCAGUAAAGGCCAUCU